AUGUCGCGUGGUGUUAUAAGUGUUGGCGACUAUAUAGUUAUUCAGAAACAAAAUUAUAAGAAACUUCAUAAAUAUAACAAGGCAAAUUCAUGUGUAAAUAUUGGACGUGAUAGUGUUAAUUUAAGUGGUUUAGAGGGUUGUGAAUAUUUUUCUGUUUUUAGGAUGUUACCAAAAAAUAACAAAAGAAAUAGAGAAUAUGAUUUGGAGAUAACUCAGGAAACUGUUGACCUUAAAAGUGAAAUUGAUGUUAAAAUUUCAGGAAUCGAUAAUAGAAAUAUUUUUGACGAUGGUCUAUCUCAAAAGCUAACAGCUGCAGAAAUAGAUGACCUUAAAAGUGAUGCAAAUAAAGCUUCAUAUAUUGUAGAGACUCUUAUAAGUAAUUCAAACACAUUUCAUAAUAAAACUGAAUUCUCACAGGAGAAGUAUUUAAGGAAGAAAGAAAAAAAAUAUUUUGAAUAUAUACAAAUACUUCGACCUAACUUGAGAAUGAUCAGUGAAAUAUUGUACAAGCUAGACCCCAGCAAAAUUCAAGGUUUAAGGACUGAUACAUUAUCUCAAAUUAUCACUUUGUGUAAUAUUAACUGUGAAGGUAAUCAUUUAUUGUAUGACUCUGGUUCCAAUGGUUUGUUGGCUGCAGCAUUAUUAAGUGCCAUUGGAGAGCUUAGUGAUGGUAAAUUGAUUCAUAUGCAUCCUGGUAAUAUGUCACAAAAGUUGGCAUUAAUGGCUAUGAAUUUUGGUGCAGAACAAUUAGAUAGAUGUAUUUCAGUUAAUGUAUAUUCUGCAUUACGACAGUACUACCAGGGAUGUGAUACUAAUUCAAAUGAAAAUUUAUCUGUAUUAGAGAAUAGUACAGAAAAUGAAUUAAAAAGAAAAGCUGAUGAUGUUAUAGAUCAUAAAAGCAAAAUUGCCAAAAUAGAUAACUUAACUGAUGAUAAAAAUAAUAUUGUCAGUCUAACAGAUUCACAUAAAAUUGACCAAAGUGAACCAAAAAAACCAAAAUGGCACUUUUUAAAUAUAGCUGCAUCUCAACUUCUAUCUAAUAAAGUUGAUUCUUUAGUUAUUGCUAGUAAAGAAGAUCCUCAAAACAUUUUUAAAGAAUUAUCAGCUUUUGUCAAGCCAGGAAGGCCUUUUGUUGUGUAUUAUAAUGUUGCAGAACCCUUACAACAGUUAUAUAUGACUUUAAAAUCCCAGAAUAACAUUGCUGCCUUGAGAUUAACUUGGAAUUGGAUGAGGAAUUAUCAGAUUCUGCCCGAAAGAACACACCCAGAAGUCAUGAUGAAUGGUUCGGGAGGCUUUCUGUUAAGUGGUUAUAUACUUAAAUAG